CAGAGCUGUCUCAUGCACACUCACUGUGCACAGUAGGCGCACAUAGUAUUGCGGUGCAUAGUAUUACUAUUGUGCAUACAGAUGAGAACAAACGCUUUGAACAAUAUGAGAACUCACUGCUUGAAUCGUAUAUACGGAUGGACAUCACUGGAUGUUUAAAGCGCAACCUUCACAUUUUCCAGACCGCAGAUAUCUGCAGCUAUGUAAAUGUCUCGCGGCACUGGAGCGCGGAGAAACACAAGGGGACCCAAUGAACCACCAAUAAUGAUGAUACAGCGGACAUACAGAUUAUAACGCUACAAAAGGCAAGACUGAAAAAAACAAACAGGAUGAGGAUACCAUCACCAGGCUCUCUUUUCUCAGCCCCAGAUGCCUCCACUCCCUCUUGACGAGCGCAUAGUGGUUGUUCAGCGCCCCAAAAGUUUGGCCCUGCGUGUGGCCUCCCCACCGACCACUUCUCAGUCUUCCUCAUCACACCGACCAGCCGCAUACAACGACCCCUCAUCCCGCUUACCCCAACCCCCUACAUCCCGCUCACAUCCAGGUACUAACUUCCUGUCUCUGGAAUGCAAGCGCAGGCAAUCGUCCCAUGUUCAGAGAGAUAAAAGAGAUCGAGGUGCCCUCUUUGAGGGCAGCGGACACAAUGCUAGCCAUUGUCACAGCAAUGGGACUGUAACUUUGGCUCCCAGACUUCACAAGCACACACAUACCAUUGACAUUAAAUUGUCUGUGGACAAGGGUGGAAGAGGAGGUUCAUAUUUAGACAAAGGGGGCAGUAGUAGUCUUACCCAACGUGGAAGCAUUAAGACCAGUCGAACAAAAAAGGUAUCCCUUCACUUAGAUUCAGGUCAAGGUGACAGGAAAUGCAAAGGAAAGUCUUCCGAGUUAGUGGAGAAUCACCAGAACUAUCAUCAGAAUCAAAAUAGGAUUCAGCACGGUAGACAUCAUCAGAACCAACUCACUGUUUCUCCUGGUGGGAUCUUGGAAUUUGUUCCAGCCCAAAGACAGCAGACCAAAUCCAAGCUAUCAAGAGAGAACAACUCAUCAUUAAAGUCUUGCUCCGCAACUGCCAGCUACCCCUCUCAUAGUGACAAGGAGAUAUUAUCUGUAGGAAACAAAGAAAACUCCAAACUGGGACCCGGUCAUCAACUGCCCCACAGCCUAUCCCGUCACCAUGGUUCAGUCCCGUUACCUCAUGCUGCCAUCCUAAACACCCAUUACCCUGCUGUCCCACCCUCACUCCCUUCCCGAGCCCCAUCCUCUUAUCACCACAUCGGUCAGCCUCGUCCCUCACGCACUAGAGAAUAUCGUCCCCAAAUUCUUCACGCCUUGCCUCUCUCACCCACUUCCUCUCGAGGAGGUUUCCCUAGUCCAGACCACACAUGUACUAUUGACUUUUCCCAUCCUUGUGGUUGCUGGAGGCUGGUGCGUUGUAGAAGAGGGAGAGGUCACUCCGCUGGCUGCCACGGACAUAGCACGAGCACAUCAUCGUCGUUCUCUCACACCCAAGGAACAAGUGCAGCCAACGGAGGUGGUGGAACCAUGGGACUGAAGACUUUAGGAGGGUGUCUGUCUACUGCUUCCACCACUAACACCUCCUCUUCAAACAGCACUGUCUCAGACUGCCGCACAGGGCUUCUCAGGCCCUUGCGUUGUGCAUCCUGUUCUAAAGAAACUGGAGGUUUUGAAAGUCCCGGAGCAUUUCGUAAAAAGCUUGUUGGAGGUUGUCUUCCCUGUACACCCCUUUCUUCAUCUGCACCUCUUCGGGCACUCCAAAGUUGCGUCAGUGGCUGCAAUCCCAAAGCAAGCCAUACUGGAAGCUCCACAUGCAGCUACUGCAGUAGUGACCCCAUUGUAGUGACCUUUAACCCGCACAGAGGGAAUCCUCCCAAUAUGGGCCGUAAUGUUGGUGCACAUAACAUGGAAGGUUACCAGCCCGAUGAUGAUGAUUACAGUGUACGCACAAUCUGGCCUGAGGAACUAGCAAAAAAGAUGACUUGCUCUAAAACCCAACCUAACCAUCACAAUGCAGGGAUCGGGAUGGGUUCAGGGAGGGGCCGCAUUGGCCACAACGAGAGCAAUGACACUGGCAACAAUCCUGUAAUCCUUGACUGCCGGAACCUUAUGGAGUUUACACGUUCUCAUCUGACAGAUCAGGCAGGACGUCGUAGACUUCAGCAAGGCAAGAUGGCGGUUUUGGACUUCAUCGGAUCAGGUAGCAGUAGAGACCAGGGGAGAGAUUCCCUGAAGAGGCUUUGGAACAAAGGAGGAGAUGCUUGCAUGGGGGAUGGCAAUGGGUUUGAUGAUGAAGUUCUUCCACAAUCUCCAUCCCUGCGCUCUCCCUCUUCAGAUUCUCCUCCUUCUUUUUCACCCCCACCUUCUGCCCCCAGCACCCUCAAUAAGCCCAAACCUAAACAGAGAGAGAGAGAGGGUGGACACACCUUGCCAUCUGCACAAUCACUCCACCUGGUCCUCAAUUCACUCAACAGAGAACAAGAUGAAGAAAAUGGUCGAGUGCACCUCUACCUCCCCCUCUCCUCCUCCCUCCCAGCAUCACUGUCCGAGGAAAGUGUGAUGACCCCGGAUGUGGAAAAUGCCGUAAUCAGUCCCAUCCUUCCUUUCCUCUUCCUGGGUAACGAGAGAGAUGCACAGGAUUUGGACCUUCUGCUUCGGCUCAACAUUGGUUUUGUGGUCAAUGUCACAACCCAUCUUCCCCUAUACCAUCUUGACACGGGCCUGGUGCGUUACAAAAGGCUUCCUGCUACUGACAACAGCAAGCAGAACCUGCGGCAGUAUUUUGAGGAGGUGUUUGAGUUUAUUGAGGAAGCUCACCAGUGUGGACGGGGCGUUCUUGUACACUGCCAAGCAGGCGUGUCCCGCUCAGCGACCAUUGUCAUUGCUUACCUGAUGAAGCACACCCUCAUGACCAUGACCGAUGCCUAUAAGUACGUACGAGGUCGGCGGCCAGUCGUCUCCCCCAACCUCAACUUCAUGGGCCAGCUGCUAGAAUUUGAGAGAGACCUCAACUCUGGGGUAACACCUCGUAUCCUCACCCCCAAACUGAGUGGCCUAGAAACCCAAGUUUAAAGGAGUGAAGACUUGAGCAAGAAAUUAGUAAAAAGUUGAAGUAGAUUAGAAAUUAAAAGAGAGAUCUAACAGUAAUAACAUGAGAGGCAAACAGUCGAAACGAAGCAGGGGUCUUGAUCUUAAUUAAUUGACGUACUUCAACUAGUUUAAGUCUUUGUUUCAUAAAAAUAGCUCUUAAUUGAUGUUUGUGCUACCCACCUUUAUCCUGAUACUGUGUUAAUGAUGUGCCAAGUUUUAUUGCAGAAACAUAGCAUUCUAGGAAUGAAAUUACCAUUACAACUCAAUCUGCUUAAAUUAUUAUUGUAUUAUAAUUGCUACUAUUAUCAAGCUUUAUUCAAAAAGUUAUGAACUAUACAAGUAUUGAGGGUAAAGUACUGAGACUCUGCACAGAACAAUGCACACUGAGAAUCACAGAACUGUGACAAGCAUCACAUUCGAGACCCAAGACCUGUAGCAAACCUUAAACUCCUUUCUCACUGUGCACAGCACUUUUCUAGAUAAUUCAAAGGCACUUUUUUAAGUUAUCUCAGUUACGUUUGUGUUAGCUGCCAACUAUUUAUAAAUUUCACUGAUGUGAUGAUUUAUUUUGCCUUUGAAUUUUUUUGGAUAUUGCUAUUUUUGUUACUUGAUUUUGCAUCUUUUAUCUUGGUGUCUUUAUGUGGGAGGUGUGCAAUAGAGACUGACAUCGAUUUGUUUAUUUAUGGACACUGGAUAUUUUUUCACGGGACAUUUAUCAGCUAUUCCAAGGCUGAAUAAAAUCAAAAAAUCACAGUAUUUUUUAUUUUGAUUCCUUAUAUUGGACAAUUUGUAUAAAGCCCUGUGUCGCUUAACUAUAAAAUAGUUAUUGUUAUGUUUUUUAUAUAUAUAGUUAACUAGUUAUUUGCUUUGUGCAGACACAUUUAUUAUUUUUAAUCCUGCUUACUGUAUGUGUUUUAUUGCUCUUCACUUUUUGUGCUCGAGAUGGUGUUUGAGAAAUUUGGAGGAGAGCAACUCCUGGAAUCUAAAGAGAAACCCAAUUGACAUGCUAUAAUGGAGGAGAUCUACGAUAUACAGCUUUUUAUUACUGUGCAGAAUUACUGUGACUGGAGCAGAUUGGGCCAAGUCAUCAUCAUGCAUCUCUCAUUUCAUGGUUUUACCGGUAUGGUUCGAAUUUGCAUUUCAGCACAUCAACCUAAGGUGACAAAUGCAUAGUUUUAGUUUAUGCAAAAACAGCAUUAAGGUUUCAAUGCAGUAUAUGCAGCCAAAUCCAAUGCUUUCUGUACUUUCAGAGUUAAAUGAAUACACCUUUAGCUUUAACACCAUUAACACUUGAAAUGUUCUGCCUAAUUUGACAAAAAAAAACUCAUCAGAUUUGUGCUAAGUGCUCUCAGGUUUAUCCGGAGUUGUAUUAUGAUUCACAAAUGAAACCAGAGCAUCUCCAUCUGAGGCAUAUUUUCCCUUUGUUUGGUCUUGGACCUCCUCCAAGAGACUAUGCACCAUUUUAGUAAUACAUUUUGGAAAAAGGACUCGGGUUUAGUUCACUGUGAAAUGCAUCCUUCUUCCUACAUAUUGUCGAGUUUUUGUCUUUGAAGCUCUUACGCAUCCAUCUUGGCAAGCGGGGAAUUUGUCUGCUGUCUCUGAGCUCUUAUCUGCCUCAGUGAGCCAUCGGGCCUUUCCAGACCGCUGCUGUGUCGCCAUUAAUCAACUCUGGGCAGCAGUGCAUGACAUAGUGCGCUUUUGCAUUUUACUUCAAAUGAGUUCCAGUUUAAAAGCUUCCUACCUACAGUGAAGGUUAAAAUGUGAGGAUAGACAUAAAGACUGUUGGUGCCCAGGACAGCAUUCCCCUGGUACAUGAUACAAGAAAUGCCCUAAUUUCAGUACUAGCCCAGUGCUAUUGCUGAUCCAGCUCAGUAUUUAUCAGUACAGUACAGUAACAAGCUGACUGUUUCAUUUUCUCAGUUUGCUGACAAGGUUUGUGAGUGUUUUCUGAAUGUAGCUUCAUUAUGCCCGGAGGAAAAUAAAUAGACGCAUCUAAUAAAUAAACCUUGGUGAGGUGUCAGAGCUCUGAGAAACAAAACAAAUUGUAGUCUUAUGGGGGUCGCACACCGGACAAGAAGUGCCGCGUCACGUCUAGGACAAAUCGGAGGUAUUGUACACCGGAAGUGCGCAUUAAAUAGCACAAGCUUAGUCAGAUAGAGUCUACUUCAAAAUGCAAAAUAUACAUUAGCAGCCAAUGUUAAUCGCUAACGAUUUGGGACAAAUAUGAUGUUAUUUAAUAUUAAAUUAUGUGAGUGGCGCGAGCAGUGUCCAGAGUUACAGCGGACAGCUGGCGCGAGGCACUGUUGUUGUGUGUAAAUUCAGAAAAUAAUGUGUUCUGCUUUUAGAUUCAUGGGGCGACGCCGUUUAGAGGGCGUGUACCCCAAAGCGUUUAAAGGGAUAG